AGCCGAGAACACUCUGAACAAAGAACAUUGGACAGAAUGCUCAGGAAAGGAAAGGCAACUUCAAGCUGAUUCACAGCUGACAAAGACCCUCUUCAGUCAGGCUUCUUACCAGCGAGGUCCCCACUUUAUCAUGAUGAGCCCAGUUUUGUCAGAGAAUCCUGCUAAGCCAGUUUAUCCAGGACGCCUCUACCUUGGAUGCCCAGUGGAGCUCUUCCUCUACUCCGGACACCUGUCCAAGUUGCUUUUAUUCUCACCUCUGCCAAAGCCCAGUCACCAUGAAUGCCAGUGAAUUCAGAAGGAGAGGGAAAGAGAUGGUGGAUUAUGUGGCUGACUACAUAGAAGGUAUUGAAGGACGCCAGGUCUAUCCCGACGUGGAACCCGGCUACCUACGUCCCCUGAUCCCCACCUCCGCUCCCCAGGAGCCAGACAAGUAUGAGGAUAUCGUGAGUGACAUUGAGAAGAUAAUCAUGCCAGGAGUGACCCACUGGCACAGCCCCUACUUUUUUGCCUACUUUCCCACGGCCAGCUCGUACCCAGCCAUGCUCGCGGACAUGCUAUGUGGAGCCAUCGGCUGCAUCGGCUUCUCCUGGGCUGCCAGCCCGGCCUGCACAGAGCUGGAGACGGUGAUGAUGGACUGGCUGGGGAAGAUGCUGCAGCUGCCAGAGGCGUUUUUGGCCGAGAAAGCUGGCGAAGGGGGUGGGGUGAUCCAGGGAAGUGCCAGUGAAGCCACUCUGAUGUCCCUGCUGGCCGCUCGGGCCAAAGUGACAAAGCGCCUGCAGGCCGCCUCCCCGGGCCUGACGGAAGCUGCUGUCCUGGAAAAGCUGGUGGCCUACUCCUCAGAUCAAGCCCACUCCUCCGUGGAAAGAGCCGGAUUAAUUGGUGGAGUGAAAUUAAAAGCCAUCCCUUCAGAUGACAAGUUUGCCAUGCGUGCUUCUGCUCUGCAGGAGGCCCUGGAGAGAGACAAGGCCGCUGGCCUGAUUCCUUUCUUUGUGGUGGCCACGCUGGGAACCACAUCGUGCUGCUCCUUUGACCGGCUUUCAGAAGUGGGUCCCAUCUGUAACAAGGAGGGCAUGUGGCUGCACAUCGACGCGGCCUACGCGGGCAGCGCCUUCAUCUGCCCUGAGUUCCGGCACCUUCUGAACGGAGUGGAGUUUGCAGAUUCCUUUAACUUUAAUCCUCACAAGUGGCUUUUGGUGAAUUUUGACUGUUCUGCCAUGUGGGUGAAAAAGAGAGCAGACCUGACGGGAGCCUUUAAACUGGACCCUCUCUACCUGAAACACAGCCACCAGGAUUCAGGGCUUAUCACUGACUACAGGCACUGGCAGCUACCGCUGGGCCGCAGGUUCCGCUCUUUGAAGCUGUGGUUUGUCUGCAGGAUGUACGGAGUCACCGGGCUGCAGGCCUACAUCCGCAAGCACGUCCAGCUGGCCCACGAGUUUGAGUCUUUCGUGCACCAGGACCCUCGUUUUGAAAUCUGUGCAGAGGUCACUCUGGGACUGGUUUGCUUUCGGCUAAAGGGUUCCAACAAACUGAAUGAAGCUCUUCUGGAAAGAAUCAAUGGUGCCAAAAAAAUCCACCUGGUUCCGUGUCACCUCCGAGACAAGUUUGUGCUGCGCUUUGCCAUCUGCUCCCGCGUGGUAGAGUCUGCCCACGUGCAGCUGGCCUGGGAGCACAUCAGAGGGCUGGCAACUGACCUGCUGGCAGCAGGGAUGGAGUAAAAGAGCAAAAGCUGAAAAGAAGUAUAUCUGAAAAGCGGAAUGAGAGGAAAAUAAACAUCAUCCUGGCUCCAUGUAACCAAGGCUGUAGGUGGCUCCACAUUUCUUUGUCCAGUUACCCAGAAGCUUGUGAUUACGUCUGUUCAGUCUCUCAUCAAAGAAGAAAUAUUAUUUGUUCUAUGAAAAGUUAAUCCCAGUGGACAUGGCUUUUAUUCAUUAUUUGGCUGUGAUUUUUGUUGAUUAAAAAAAGUCAUAGGUUUUCGUGCUCUUGAAGUUGUCAUUGGUGGGAAAGGCUUAUUGAACUAUUUUUGGUGGCAGUCUAUGGUUAUGGGACUUGAGAUUAUAUCUCUGGUAUUUAAAUUGUUCUGUCCUGUGGCUCAGUGCUUAAUAAACAAUUUGAAAUGCAA